AUGGCGGCUGCGGUUCUAACCGAGAAGGUGCUGGCGACCAGCGCAAAGGAGGAGCAGCCCCUCGCGGCGGCGGAGGAGCUGUCCGCCCAGAAGCGCGAGCAGAGACUGCGCAAAUUCCGGGAGCUGCAUCUGAAGCGGAAUGAAGCCCGUAAAUUAAAUCACCAGGAAGUUGUGGAAGAAGAUAAGAGACUUAAGUUACCUGCAAAUUGGGAAGCCAGAAAAGCUCGCUUGGAGUGGGAACUGCAGGAGGAAGAAAAGAAAAAGGAAUGUGCAGCCAGAGGGGAGGACUAUGAGAAAGUGAAGUUACUGGAGAUCAGUGCCGAAGAUGCAGAAAGGUGGGAGAGGAAAAAGAAGAGGAAAAACCCGGACCUGGGAUUUUCAGAUUAUGCUGCUGCCCAGUUACGCCAGUAUCAUCGGUUGACCAAACAGAUUAAACCUGACAUGGAAACAUAUGAGAGACUGAGAGAAAAACAUGGAGAAGAGUUUUUCCCAACAUCCAACAGUCUUCUUCAUGGAACACAUGUGCCUUCCACUCAGGAAAUUGAUAGGAUGGUCACAGAUCUGGAAAAACAAAUUGAAAAACGAGACAAAUAUAGCCGGAGACGACCUUAUAAUGACGAUGCAGAUAUCGAUUAUAUUAAUGAAAGAAAUGCCAAAUUCAACAAAAAGGCAGAAAGAUUCUAUGGGAAAUACACAGCUGAAAUUAAACAGAAUUUGGAAAGAGGAACAGCUGUCUAA